UAAAGCGAGUGACUCGCCCCUCCCGGACAAAGUGAGCUCCAGUCUGGCCCGACGCCCCGGUGCUGCGCUUCAUGGAUGCUUCAGCAGUUCGGCAUCCUCAGCCCAGCUCAGCGGAAUUAACACUGUGCCACGGGACGGACCUGACCGCUCUCUGCUGCUCAACUAUAGGCUAGAGUGAUACAGGAGCUGCCAUGGCGAACAGAGGGCCCAGCUACGGACUAAGCCGAGAGGUGCAGGAGAAGAUCGAGCAGAAGUAUGACCCAGACCUGGAGCAAAGGCUGGUGGACUGGAUAGUUGCACAGUGUGGAGGAAAUCUAGAGAAGCCGCAGCCAGGCAAGCAGAACUUCCAGAAAUGGCUGAUGGAUGGAACGGUCCUUUGUAGACUCAUCAACAGUCUUUAUCCAAGAGGAAAGGAACCCAUCAAGAAAAUUCCUGAAACACAGAUGGCUUUCAAGCAAAUGGAAAAGAUCUCCCAGUUCCUCCAAGCAGCAGAGGCCUAUGGGGUGACAACCACUGACAUCUUCCAAACUGUGGACCUCUGGGAAGGGAAGGACUUGGCAGCAGUCCAAAGGACCCUAAUGGCUCUGGGGAGCGUAGCCAUAACUAAGGACGACGGUCAUUACAAAGGAGACCACGACUGGUUCCACAGGAAAGCCCAGGGCUAUCGACGAGAGUUCACCGAGGAGCAGCUGCGCCAAGGCCAGAGCCUGAUCGGCUUGCAAAUGGGCAGCAACCGUGGGGCUUCUCAGGCUGGUAUGACGGGCUACGGAAUGCACCGUCAGAUCAUGUAAACGCUGUACUACUCUAACCACACCUCCAGACCUUAUUUUCUACUAAUACAGUACCACAGACAUGUAGCCCCCCAAACCCUGCGACCCUUUGUGGAACCUGCUUAACCUCACUGCCCCUGGAACAGCUGCUUUUCCCAGACAGUGUUAAAAAUGAUGUCAGAUGCUGUUAGUCUCCAUCUUUAAGCUCUCUUCCUCAUCAUCUCCUUUUAUUAAUGCUGUUCCCCUCUUGGCUAUGUUCAUUCUUUUUCUUUUUUUUUAGUUUUUAUUAAAUAUAUACACAGUGGAGUUAAAGUGGAGCUAAAGGUUCAUCAUUGUCACCUCAGUCUGACAGAGUCUUACAUAAAUAACGGGUAGAGCAUGUUGUAUGCUAUUUAUUUGUAUGAAUGCAUUCUGUUGUUAAUAUUUAGCAUCGAUGAAAGGCACUGUUACUGUGUAAUUGUUUAGCCUUAAGCCUGAUGGAAGCUCGGUGGCUGAUGUCUCUGCUGUCUGGUCUGAAAACGUGUUGCAGCAUCAUCUGUAACACUGUCAUCAGUCCUUGUUGUGCCUAGUUCUGAGACUGCACGGAGAUUGAUAGUGAACUGUUGGCCUCAAAGUAUAAAUGACCUUUAUUCCUUCAGAGCCACGUCCUUGUUAUUUAGAUCUUAACAUGUGCAUUUUUUGUGUUGCCCAAGAAAAUUAAAUGUGCAGUAGCCAAUGUACUGUAUGAGGAAAUAUUUCUGGUGCCAGGUACAAACAUUGCUUGAAUGUUUACUUUCAUGUGUUGUCAUGUUCAUAUUUUAUUUAAAUUUCUAACUGGAGGCUUGUAAGAAGAAUUAUUGAAAAAAAUAAAUGUAUGUAUGUUACCAUA